AUGGAAAUUUUUCAGAAGAAGAACGCUCAUUUAAUUUUUCGACAGUCCAGCUCACUAAUUGAGAAGUUGUUCACAUUAUGGUUAUCGAUAUGUUUGUAUGAUGAUGUGAAAGAGAAUUUAAUCGGCAGCAAUUUAUUCAUGUUAUACAAAGCAUUGAAAUGUCAAAUUGACAAAGGUCCUGUGGAUUCAAUUACGGGUAAUGCAAGAUACUCUCUCAAUGAGCACAAAUUGUUACGUGAGCCUGUGGAUGUCAAGCAAAUGCAGUUACUGAUAGUGCCGUUAGAUAAUUUCGACGAGUCACCGAUAUUAGUUCGUUGUCUAACGUGCGAUACGAUAUCGCAGUUGAAGAUGAAACUCUUGGAUGCUGUCUACAAAAAUGAACCGUUUUCGAAGAGAAUCUCUACGGAUCACUUCGAUUUGGACAGCACAACGCAGUCAACGAACACAACGUCUCAAAUGACAGCAUCCUCGUCGUCGAAUCACUACUAUCAUUUGGAGUGUGCCAGUGAUAAGCUUAAUAUCACCAACAAGAUUGACCAGUCAAUACCAAAAUCUAUUCCUGAAGUUUUCUUAACUAGACUUCUUACGAGGUAA